AUGUCUAAUCAAAUCAAUUUUUCAAAUAAUUACAGUGAGUUAAGAAGUAAAUCUAAAUAUUAUAUCGAUUUAUAUAAUGAUUUAUACCGGCUAAAUACGGAAAAUGAAGAUGAAUUAAAGAAGAUUUAUAAUAUGAUCAAAUUAAACUUAAUUGAUUCAAAGAAAUAUUCAAUCGAAAACAUAAUAAGAGAUAUUUUAAUAAUCAUUCAGUAUAACAACAGAUAUGCCAAGUCUUACAUGAGACUUGUGCAACACAUAUCCAAAGAUUAUCGUGUAAAAGAUAUCAAAACUGUUCCAGAAACUUGUAAAUGCAUGUUAUUCAAAGACAAUCAGGUUAAAUUAAAGAUGUCAGAUUGUUUCAAUAAAGAGAUUAUUGCAGAUCUAGAUUAUUAUGCAGCAAAUACAAUCUAUGGCGCAAUUGCAUCUAAUGACUUAAAAAGAUUCAUUUCAUUCACUGAGAAUGAAUUGUUUAAUAAAAAUCAAGUGCUAAAAAGCAAAUUAUAUUCAAUUUCUGAUAAUGGAUAUUCAUUACUUGAAUUAUGUUGUUAUUAUGGUGCAGUUGAUUGUUUCAAGUUCUUAAGAACGAAUUUUAAAUCAGAAAUAACUCAAACAUGUCUAUAUUUUUUACUUUUAGGAGGAAAUCCAGAUAUCAUAAGUGAAUGUUUGAAAUAUCAAAAACCAGAUAAAGAAUGCAUGAAAUAUGCAAUUAUUUCGCACAACAUUGAUUUUGUUACAUUUUUAAGAAAUGAACACAAUAUAGAGAUCAAUUUAGAAUACUGCGAAAUUUACAAUAAUCUUGAAUCCUUUUUAGUUUAUUUAGAUAUCACAAAUGAUGUUAACAGCUGCCUCAUUUAUUCACCAUUGUUUGAUAUUCCAUCUCUUUGCGAAAACGUCCUAUUUCUUGGUGCAAAUAUUAAUUCAAAAGAUUCGUAUGGAAAUACAGUACUUAAUAUUGCAGUCCAUUUAAAUAAUAUAGCAUUAAUGGAGCUGCUUCUUUCGCAUGGUGCAAAUAUAAAUGAAAAAGAUAAAUUCGGAGAUACUGCUCUGCAUCUUGCAGCAAGUUAUAACAAUAAUAAAAUGAUUAAGUUUCUACUUUCACAUGGUGCAAAUAUAAAUGAAAAAGAUAUAAAUGGAGAAAUCGCUCUUCAUAAGGCAAUGCAUUUUAAUAAUAUAGAUGCAAUUAAACUGCUUCUUUCACAUGGUGCAAAUGUCAAUGAAAAAAAUAAAAAUGGAAGAACGCCUCUUUACGAUGCAAUGUUAGACAAUAAUAAAAAACUUAUUAAGAUUCUUCUUUCAUAUAGAGCUAAUGUCAAUGAAAAAAACAGAAAUGGUGAUACACUUCUUCAUCUUGCAGCAUGUAAAGAUGAUAAAAAAUGA